UUAUUUUCCAAACUCAAAUGUUAAUGUCCUUUUGGUGGUUGCAAAUAUUUCUGCCCACACUGCACCUAGUUCAUAUCCAACCGCGCAGGGUCGGUUCGGAGGGCAUUGCCCCCGUUUCAACUUGCGUGAACUGAAAUAAAUGUACUAUUUUUAUUAUUAUUAUGUACAUUUAUAUGUGUGGGCUAAAAUUGUAUGCUCUGGGAACAGGCGAAACACAAACGUGAGCACAUUUUUUUGACGGACUAUUAACGCGGGUGUGCCGAAUGACGUUUCGUUGGUGAAAAUCGAAGUUAAUGACAGAAAAAUAUAAUAAAGCUUGUGGAAUCAAGACAGUCUAAGGAAGAAAUUAGAGUGAGUUACAUAUUUGCAAAAACUGUACUGCAAAGCCUUGCAUAAAUAACAUCGGUUUUCAAAAUUUUCUUUUGUUUCUUAAUGCUGGCGAUCUAGUGUAAAUACUUGGAGGACAUUAAGUUCUAAAGGCAGCUAGCCCCAGUCUGCCCCCUCCCCGUCAGUUGAAAUGGUCUAGAACUGCAAACGUAACUGCAAAUUGUAAAUAUAACCAUUAUAAAUAAACAAAUAUAAAUGAAGCGCGCGUGGUGUAGGCAGUGUCGUGAGAAUGCCAAAGUCGCGCGCACCGAGUUUAAGGGUUGGCGGCUAACCGCCGUUAGCGGAGGUGGCCGUGUUGUGGGAUUCUCAGUCCGGACCAAACACCUUCGGUAUCGCUGGGGAACCUGUUCUCCGUAUAACCGGUCAGUGAAACCGACGGCAAACUCUUCAUUUAAAAGCUCUAAUGGGUGACUUAACCGUUACAUCGCGGCAGGGUUGGGGCGUUCGCCACGAUGCGUAGUAACGAGCGCCCCUCGUUAUUUUACGGUAUUGUAACGUCCUGCAAACCAAGGCAUCGCGGUGGUGCCCCCAGGAACCAAGGAGACCAUUCUAUUAAAGUUAAUUAAUUAAAAUUUUGUUGAGUUUUUUUAUUAAACCAGUAAGGGACUAUAAGAACGAAACCAUCACCAGUCAACAAAAAACGGCCUACGCACUGAGUUCAGCACUCACGGUGGGUAAUUUAUCCAACGGCUAAAGACAUGGGAGGACAGGGCGGGGGCACGCACGACAAUCGUGAGCAAAACAAGUAUUUACAAUAACACAAACAAGGUGCUAUUUACAUUUUCCCAGCAUGCUUCAGUGCCACAGUAUUAUUUUGGAGGUACAUGCUGCUUAAUUUAAGAAUACUUCACUAAAAUUGAAGUGAAGCACAAAUGUUUGUUCCUAGCCAUUCAUUAAUAAUGGAGCCAUAAUAACAGUACUGCAAAUCAAACAACAUUGACAAGAGAAACCUGGACAGCGGUGGUGGGUCUAUCUGAAGGCUGAACAACAAGUGAAAGGUGAACACUGCCACCUACUGGAUGGGAAAAACACGGCUGUUUUACUGGCAGUAUACUGCCACCUACAGGCAUCCUCUCUUCAUCUAUGGCAUUUUUCUUCAGAGAAGGCAAAUGAGGGCAGAUUUCUAGUUUGUCUGAGAAGCAAAAUAAUAACACAACAAUGUUAAAAAGCCAAAUCCUUGUUAGCAAUAUAUGGUGAGAUUUACUGGAUGGACAAAAUGGAAAUAUCAUUUCAAGUUAUAUUUUUGCAUUGUGGCUGUCCUACUUCGAGAAUGUGAGACAUUACUAAGUGAGAAAAUGAGUCUGGACGUUCACCUGCCAACAGAUGUGUGGCUGAUCCCAGAAGUCAUUUUGAUUGCCACUCCUACGCACCUGCUAGUGGAGGGAGAUGCUCUGAAUCUUACCUGUAUUGAUACAGUAAUUGAAAGUUCCAACUCCACAUUGGUCUACAUAAUCCUCAGGGACAACCACACAGUUUCCAGGUCUACAGGGUCUCGGUCAUUCAGUUUCUUCAUACCCAGUGUUGCUAAGAGCGAUGCUGGGUGGUACAACUGUUCAGUCACUGACCCACUGAGGCUCCAGAGAUACAGUGGGGGGAUACAGGUCACUGUGGAAGAUUUAUUUCAGAAAGUGGUUCUACUAUCAACACACGAAGGGGCAUUAAUCAUGGAGAAGGAGCCGCAGACCCUCCACUGUGUGGCCUUUAUUCACAAGUUGAGGGCAACACACACCAAUGUGACCUACGUCUUUCUGAAGGCAGGGCAGCCCAUAGCAAGCAGUAGCGCCCCCGUGUUCCACAUAGCCAGCAUCGAGAGGAGCAAUGCUGGCAGUUACAGCUGCAUGGCCCGCUCAGGGACAGCUGUUGGACGCAGUCCAGAGGUCUAUCUCGAGUUAUAUGAACAUAUUCCAAAACCCACACUGAUGGCCAAGCCCCCGAGUGGAAGGGUGUACACAGAGGACCAGAUUGUCCUGAAGUGCAAGCUGGAUGCCUUUGCUGGCUGGACGUACAACUGGUACAAAGACAGGAAGGAGGCCUACCCAGUGGAGCAGAACUGGGGCAGCAAAGGAGUCGGAGCCAAGUACAUAAUCUGGAGGGCAUCUCUCGAGCACACUGGGCAGUACUGGUGCAGAGCAGGGAGAGGGAGCCCCGUCUUUUACACAGACUACAGCGAGCCUCUCUUCAUUAAUGUCACUGCUAAGCUGAUCUCAGAAGUCAUUUUGAUUGCCACUCCUACCCACCUGCUGGUGGAGGGAGAUGCUCUGAAUCUUACCUGUGCUGCUACAACAACUGAAGGUCCCAUCCCUACACUGGACUACACCAUCCUCAAGAACAACCACACGCUUUCCAGGUCUACAGGGUCUCGAUCCUUCAGUGUCAUCAUACCCACUGUUGCUGAGAGUGAUGCUGGGUGGUACAACUGUUCAGUCAUUGACCCACUGAGGCUCCAGAGAUACAGUGAGGGGAUACAGGUCACUGUGGAAGAUUUAUUUCAGAAAGUUGUUCUGAUAUCAACACACGGAGGGUCAUUAGUCAUGGAGAAGGAGCCUCAGACCCUCCGCUGCGUGGCCUUUGUCCACAAGCUGAGGGCAACACACACCAAUGUGACCUACGUCUUUCUGAAGGCAGGGCAGCCCAUAGCAAGCAGCAGCGAUCCCGUGUUCCACAUAGCCAGCAUCGAGAGGAGCAAUGCUGGCAGUUACAGCUGCAUAGCCCGCUUAGGGACAACUGUCGGACGCAGUCCAGAGGUCCGUGUUGAGUUAUAUGAACAUAUUCCAAAAUCCACACUGACGGCCAAGCCCCCGAGUGGAAGGGUGUACACAGAGGACCAGAUAGUCCUGAAGUGCAAGCUGGAUGCCUUUGUUGGCUGGAAGUACUACUGGUACAAAGACAGGAAGGAGACCUACCCAGUGGAGCAGAACUGGGGCAGCAGAGGAGAUGGAGCCACGUACAUAAUUUGGAGGGCAUCUCUCAGACACACUGGGUGGUACUGGUGCAGAGCAGGGAGAGGGAGCCCCAUCUUCUACACAGACUACAGCAAGCCUCUCUUCAUUAAUGUCACCGAGCUUUUCACCAGCGUGGGACUGACCGUGUCCCCAGGGACAGUGCUGAGGAAGGGGCAGCCUUUGCAGCUCAUGUGUGAGGCCCAGUUGAGCGAAAGGCAGAAGGCCCUGCCCCCCAGCGCUGCCACAGUAAGGAUUCUCUUCACUUUCUGGAGAAAUGGUGAACCCCUGGGCAGUUCUUUGGACUUGGCGACUUACAGCAUCAGUGAAAUGCUUAGCUGCCACGCUGGACGAUAUGUCUGUAGUGUGAGCUCCGGGAGAGCAGAGAAGCGCAGCAGGGAAGUACUCAUCACCUUAGUUGAUGUCACAGUCACUCUGACAGCAGUUCUUGGGGCAGUGCUGCUCAUCGUCAUGGUAUCUGUGGCUUUAGCAAUAAAAAUCUGGUGGCUCAGAGGUCGCACAGCUCAACGGCAUAGGGCCGGCAGUCCCGGGGGAGCGACACUGCAGGCGGAGCUGAUGGAGCCGGUGGAUGUCAGGUUGACUUCAAUACCCUUGACUGCUGCUGGUGGUGGAAUAAGCAACGUUUCUCCAGGGAACAGUAGUUCUGUUCCAUUGCAGAGAAUGUAAUUGACAGCAAUUCGUAGUGCCUUCCUUUCCAGCUGCUUAUGUAACAAUACACCCUUUGCAUCACAGAAAAUAAAACAUUUUUCCCUGA